GAGGAAGAAGAAGCGCCGGCCACCACCCAUCGAAGCGCCGAGGCCGGCCACCUAUACGAGACGAGCCUACCCAAAUCAAUCGAGGUCGCCGCUGGGGGCAUAAAAUGGCGGAAAAGGCUCGGGUUGCGGCAGGCCCCACGGGGGACACCUACCGAAUGGUGGCCUUCAUCGAACAAGAGGCCGACGAGAAGGUGGAGGAGAUCGACACCAAGGCCGAGGAGGAGUUCAACACGGAGAAGUGGCGGCUGGUGCGAGAGCAGCGCCGCAAGAUCGUCGACUCGUUCAAGGCCAAGGAGAAGCAGGUGGAUCGCCAGCGCAAGAUCCAGAACUCGCUCAUCAAGAACACGGCGCGCCUGCGCAUCCUGCAGGCCAUGAACGAGCACGUGGCGCGCGUGGUGGCCGAGACCAAGAAGAACCUCGUCUACAUCAGCGGCAAGGAGAGCCGCUACAAGCCUUUCCUCGAGAGGCUCAUCCUGCAGGGCCUGUACCGGCUGCUCGACAAGGACGUGGUUCUCUCGUGCCGCAAGAAGGACGAGGUGGUGGUCAAGUCGGCCAUCCAGGUGGCCGUCAAGCAGUUCCGCAAGAGGACCAACAUACAGGCGAACGUGGCUCUCGACAUCCGCGGGUGGCUGCCCGAGGAGUCGUGCGGGGGCGUGGUGCUCACCUCCCUGAAGGGCCGCAAGAAGGUGGUCAACACGCUCGCGGCGCGCCUCGACCUGAUCGCCCAGCACAGCCUGCCCGACAUCCGGUCCCAACUGUUCGGCCUCAACCCGCACAGAAAGCACACCACAUAAAAAAAAAGAAAGACGCCGUGGUUCCCACCCUGUCCGUUGAAGAGGUGGCUUUUUUUGUCCUUAUUUGCGCAAGAUAUAUUAGUGGUUAUAUGGC